AUGUCAUCCCGCGUCGGUCUACGUUUCCUCGCCAACUCGCGCGCCGCAUUGCGUAACUUUCGCCAAAAUGUGAGCAACAACAAGGGCUUCCGCUUCUCGAGCACGGAGGCCAGCGCCGCGGGCACUGGAGAGUCACAGAACGCUUUCCAGAGGAUGUGGAAUAGCCCGGUUGGAUUCAAGACUGUUCAUUUUUGGGCUCCUGUUAUGAAGUGGUCCCUCGUCAUCGCGGGUAUUUCCGACCUUGCGCGUCCCGCCGAAAAGCUCUCCUUGACGCAGAACCUCGCUCUCGUCGCAACCGGCACGAUAUGGACUCGAUGGUGUUUCGUCAUCACCCCCAAGAACAUGCUCCUUGCUGCUGUCAACUUCUUCCUCGCCUUAACCGGAACCGCACAAUUGACCAGAAUAUUCCUCUGGCGCCGAAGCCAGGAGGGCUCGGCCAAGGAGGCUGCCAAGGAUAUCGCUGCUGAUACCGUCGAAAGCGCGAAACUCGUUACGGAUAGUGCAAAGGGAGCCGUCAAGGCUGCUGAGGAGAAGGUCAAGUCUUCUUGA